AUGUUACAUUUUUUUAGUCUGUUUCUAUUUUUUUUUAAUAUGUUUUGUUUAUAUUGUAUUUUUUGUAGUUUUGAAACUAAUUUGCAAUGUUCAGACAACUGAACAAACUUAUUUAAAAAUUUUAAAAUCGCCUUUUUCAUUUUUUUUUAAUUGUAGGAAUGGAUUAUGAUUAUUUAAUAAAAUUUCUGGCUCUCGGAGAUUCAGGAGUGGGAAAAACCAGUUUUCUAUAUCAGUAUACUGAUGGUAGUUUCAAUUCUAGAUUUAUUUCAACAGUUGGUAUUGAUUUUCGGGAAAAGAGAAUGGUUUACCAGUCCAAGGGCAGAAACCAUCGAAUUCAUUUACAACUUUGGGAUACUGCAGGGCAAGAGAGAUUUCGUAGCCUAACAACAGCAUUUUAUCGGGACGCAAUGGGUUUUUUACUACUGUUUGAUUUAACUAAUGAACAGUCAUUUCUCGAGAUUCGCAACUGGAUCGAACAACUGCGGCUUCAUGCCUAUUGUGAUGCUCCCGAUGUAAUUCUUUGUGGAAACAAAGCAGAUCUUGAGGAUAGAAGGGUUAUCACUGAAUGGCGAGCAAGGGAAUUCGCGGAAAAAAAUGGUCUUCCAUAUUUAGAAACGAGCGCGGCCACUGGACAAAAUGUAGCCAGAGCAGUAGAAACCUUGCUGGAGAGAGUCAUGAUUCGCAUGGAAUUGGCUGUAGAUUCUGCAUUAUUGCCUGACUCACGAAAUCGUCCUAAAGACUGCAUCAAACCAGAGCUCACUGACCCCCCUUCUCAUAAUUGUAAUUGUUAAAGCAAACAUUU